GCGUGCCAUCCAGAGGGCGUGAUCGUGAAGCUGUGCUCCUUCCUAUAAAGCUGCUCCAGCAUGUUCGCGGAAAGUUCACAGCUACUGAACCGUCAUAUCAAAAGCAUUGUUAUCAGGACACAGUGAUGGGCAGCUUGGUGAAAACCUUUAUUUUCCUAGACCUGGAAGCUACUGGUCUAAAUGGGACCCGUCCCAAAAUCACAGAGCUUUGCCUGGUGGCUGUCCACGCAUCUUCACUGAAGAAUCCAACAACCAAUGACUCAGGGGAGAUCCAGCUACCUCGAGUGUUGGACAAGCUUUGCCUUUGCGUAGAUCCAGGAAAGCCCUUCACUCCAAUAGCCUCUGAAAUCACUGGUCUGGACAAUGAGCUACUGAGAUCUUGUGAGAAGAAAACAUUUGAUGAAAGCCUCAUCAACACCGUCAUCCAAUUUAUAAACCGUCAGGCUCAGCCAGUUUGUCUGGUGGCCCACAAUGGCUUUAACUACGACUUUCCCCUACUGAAGACUGAGCUUCAUCAACAAGAUCAUGACCUCCCCAGCUCCAUCUUGUGUGUGGAUUCACUUCAAGCCUUCCGAAAUCUGAAUAGUGAAGAGAGACCGAGGACAAAAAGAAGCAAAGGGCAGUUUACCCUUAAGGGAAUUCAUGAACAGUUCUUCGGCAAAGAGCCUAACAUUUCCCAUAGUGCAGAAGAGGAUGUGUUGACCCUCAUUCUUAUCAUUCUCAAAGCAGACCGUCUUCUAGACGUAGCCAAUUACAAGCAUUGGGGAGAAAUAAAUAAAAUGUACUAAUGCCAUACCUUGUAUAUAGGACCAUGAAUUUUACAUGGUCGCCAAGUUAUUCCAUGCAUAUUUUACCUUUUUCAAUAGCGGCAUCUGUGCUUAACCACCUCAGCCCCGGAAGAAUUUACCCCCUUCCUAUCCAUAGGACUUUUUGCGAUUUGGCACUGCGUCGUUUUAACUGAC